UUUUCUGGAAGCGAAUGUUUGGUAGGCCAGAAUCCCUACCGCCGUAGCUCCAGCAGCCAGUGAGACAGCCGCAAUCAACUCAGCUGAAGAGACGGACAUAGCCUACCGGAUGUAGCUGAACCUGCUUCAGAGGCCUCAGACGCCACAUGAGAAGGGCCAUUGCAAUUGGUUUGAGCAGGACCUUGUUGGGACACCACUUGUGCAUAUCUCUCUGGCAAGAUGUUCACCUUCCCUGAGGAGUCUGAUACGGCUCAUGUGGUCUUGUCACCAGACCAGAGCAAGAGCCUGACUGCGGUGACCAUGUGCCUGCGUUUCUUCUCAGAUCUAGUACGAGCUCAGAGUCUCUUCUCCUUCGCCACCCCGGAGAGUUCGAACGCCUUCCUGCUCUACAAACAAGCUAACGGAGUGUACGAAGUGGACCAGAAUGACAAAUUUGUGCUGUUCCGAGCACUGGGGGAGAAUCCAAACCAAUGGAAUUCGGUCUGUGUCACCUGGAACUCUGAAAACGGCAUCGCCCAAGUUUGGGUCAAUGGGAAAUAUAGUGCGAGAAAGGGCAUCAACAAAGGGAAAGAGAUCUCGGGAGCACCCAGUAUCGUCUUGGGUCAAGAACAGGACACUUACGGGGGUAAAUUUGACAAGGCACAAUCUUUUGUGGGAAUGGUCACAGACAUUCACAUGUGGGAUUCAGUUCUUCCUUCUUCUGAGAUUUUGUUGUACAUGAGCCGAAUUCCACAGAAGAUUGGUGGCAAUGUGAUCAACUGGGAGUCGCUAGACUUUACCCUGAAAGAGUAUGUUAUUUUAGAGGACCAGUGAAGAGGAUCCCAUUAUAUAUUAGUCUUACUCUGUCAAUUAUCUGUGAACUAUUACUCUGCAUUGCCCUAAAAUGGCAGUCGUCUGACUUUUGACAAUUGUUAAUCCCAUGUAAAACCAUGCACAUAUUACCUUUUGAAUUUAUUUGUAGCA